GUCGAGUGUACUGUAGUCGGGGGGUAUGCUAAAUGUUUCGGCUGUACUGUGGUGCAAAAUCUCCGCUGAAGCUGGUGUUUUUAACCGGCAGAAAUAUGUCGAUAGCGCCCAGUGACCGUGGACCGGCGGGCGGUGACCAAAGCACCGACAACAGGUCGAUUCACUCGGACACCGUGGAGGAGGUCCAUAACAUCCCGAUGCAGGUCAUCAUCAGACCAUUUCCUCCAGUGCUGGACGAGCAGAAAGUCCAGAGCCUGAUGGACACAAUAAGGGAGACGGCAGACAUCAGCGUUGUUCCUCCUAUUGAUGUGCUCUGGAUCAAAGGCAGCGAGGGAGGAAAUUACUACUACUCCUUUGGAGGCUGUCACAGGUUUGCUGCCUAUCAGAGGUUGAACAUGCAGACCAUUCCAGCAAAGAUCAUCAAAUCUAACAUCUCAGACCUAAGCACUUACUUGGGGGCUUCAACGCCUGAUCUGCGGUGAUGCUGGAGCAGCUUGGAGCUUUCCACCCCACUCCACCCCCCGCUUCAAAUGUACUUGCCUCAGGUGGAUCAUACAUAAUAUGGCUGUAACUCUCCUGUUGGUGACUGCGGAGCAAAGGCUUUGCCAGCAGGGGGAAAUGUAGCUCUUUAGUUAAAUAUGUUACAUUUUGUGAUUUGAAACAGCUUAAAUGUAUGCAUGUUAAUCAUGUGAUAGCUUUAAUGUUGCCAAAUACCAUCUGCACAUACACAUUUAACAGUUUUCUUAAAGUUCUUUAUUUAAAAAAUAUGACAGCUGAGAUUGGGCUAAGAUAAGUUUUUUUUUUGUUUUGUUUUUUUUUAACUUAAAUCGACUUAUAGUGUGAAAGUAUGAAAGAGAAAAUGAAUUUAGCACAUCUUCAUCUUGGCUAUAAAAUGAAACCUUAGCAUCGAG